AUGGCCUGUCCAGGGGCUGCCCCCGUGCUACUCCUGGCCAUGACUCUCCCCUUGGUGGGGUCACCGCCUGCCGGAGCAUCCCAGCCUGGGCAGGGUCAGACUGGAGGGGAAACAGGGCAGCAGCUGGACCAAGAGAAUGGAGCAAGUGGCUCAGUGCUGCUUUCAGCCUACGCACAGCUGAGCCUGUCAGACGGGAGCUGGAGACCGGAGCUCUCCAGGCCCCUGGCCCUGGCCCCUGCCUCGGGGUCCUCCCCACCAGUCUUUCUCACUGGCCUCAGCCUCACGACAGAGUGUCACGUCCACCAGGAGUCUCGCUAUUGUGCCUGCCUCCCUGGGUACCAGUGGAACGUCAGUGUCUGCUCCCACCACCGCCCCUGCCGACAGCCCCCCGAACACCAGCCUUGCGACUGUCUCGUCUUCCGCGCCCCCACGGAGGCUGGCUACUGCCAGUGGCUGCCACCUGGAGGUCCUGCUCAGGGGUCCCGUCUCCCCGCAGCACCUGGGGCCCUGAGUCUGGACUCCCGGCUGCAGACACCUGGCCGCACGCUGAGCCUGACCCUCCUUGCGAGCCAGCAGACCACCAACCUGCGCUGGCUGCUGUGGCGCCCAGGGAGCCCCAGGCCCAUCCACCUGCAGCAGGGGACACACGUGUCUCUGACCUCCAGCCCGAGCCGGGUUGUCCUCAGCAUCUUCAACAUCUCCCAGAAGUGGGCAGGUAAGUACACGUGCUGCUUUGAGGCUCAGGGAUUCAGGUGGGAGCUGCACCAGGUGGUGAAGUUGCCCCUGCAGGCCACAGAAGUGACUCGGCUUCCAGACCAGCUCUCCGUCUCCUGUGCCACCUCCCCCGGCUUCCAGCUGAGCUGCUGCAUCCCCAGGACGUCCCAGGAUUACACCGCUUCCUGGAGCCCGGGGGAGGGCAGCACAGCCUCCCUAGUCUACACGUCAGCCUCCCAGUGUCUGGUGCUGGCUCUUGAGCGCUGCCCUGCAGCUGACACCACAUACACCUGUGUCCUGCAGAGCCCGGGACUGUCCACUCUCAGGGUCCCUGUCUCCGUCACCAUCAUCCAGGACGGAGAUGCCGCCUGUCCCAAGGACUCCUUAGCUGUUGCCUGGAAUGUCACCAAAGCUGGCCAUGUGGCUCAGGCGCCGUGUCCUAUGAACAGGACGGGCAUGGUGAAGAGGCCUUGUGGGCCUGAUGGGGUUUGGGGGCCCAUCCAGGACAGCUGCACAGACACGGGACUCCUGGAAUUGCUUCAGAGAACCUGGCUGCUGCGGGGAGGCCAGGGCAGGCCUGCUGAGGAGGUGCCACGGAUCCUGGCUGGGCUGCUAGAGCAGGUGGGGCUGGUGAGCUCACCCUCUGACUUACUGGCACUGCUGGGCACCAUGAAAUCCCUGGCCAACGUGGUGACAGGUGCCAGAAUGCAGCUCAACCGCAGAGCUCUGGAGGCUUUCCUGAAAACUACAGACCAGGUCCUGGACAUGGAUGCCAGCUCUCUGUGGACCCCAGCCCAGGCUCAGAAGCCCUCGGCAAGCUCAAGUCUCCUACUGACCGCAGAGAGCCUGGCACGCAGCCUGGACCCACAGGACCACCCCUUCUCCCUCAGUUUGCCCAAUGUGCAGCUAAAGACUCAGCUCCUUGGACCCACAUUUCCCGCUGACUAUAGAAUCACCUUCUCUACCACGCCCCCGCUGCAGCUUCAGAUCCCCAGGCGCUCCCUGGCCCCGCUGGGCCAUAACGGAACCAACGUCAGCAUUACUAGCCUGGUGCUACGCAAACUGGACCACCUGCUGCCCUCGAACUAUGGACAAGGGCUGAGGGACUCUCUCUAUGCCACACCUGGCCUGGUCCUCGCCAUCUCCAUCAUGGCAGGUGGCCAGACCUCCCACCAGGGAGAGGUCAUCAUGGACUUCGGGGUCACAGAUGGCAUCGCUCACUGUGUCUUCUGGGACCACACUCUCUUCCAGGGUAAGGGGGGCUGGUCUAGUGAAGGGUGCCAGGUGCAGGCAGCCGGUGUCAGCUCCAGCACCCAGUGCAUCUGCAGGCACCUCACUGCCUUCUCCAUCCUCAUGUCCAAACACACUGCUCCAGAAAACCGCACCCUGCAGCUCCUGAGUGAGGUGGGCCUGGCGGCCUCUAUUUUGGCACUGCUUGUGUGCCUGGGUGUGUACAGGCUGGUGUGGAGAGUCGUGGUGCGGAACAAGGUUGCCUAUCUGCGCCACACAGCCCUGCUCCACGUGGCACUUUCCCUGCUGGCCGCAGACACCUGCUUCCUAGGGGCCUCACUGCUUCCUCCCAUGCCCCAAAGCCCCCUCUGCCUGGCCGUUGCCUUCCUCUCUCAUUUCCUCUACCUGGCCACUUUCUUCUGGAUGCUGGCCCAGGCCCUGAUGUUGGCCCACCAGCUGCUGUUUGUCUUCCAUCAACUGUCCAAGCACCGAGCCCUCUCCCUGAUGGUGGCUCUUGGCUACCUGUGCCCAAUGGGGUUUGCAGGUGUCACCCUGGGCCUCUACUUACCCGAAGGGCAGUACCUAAGAGAGGGGGCCUGCUGGCUGAAUGGGAAGGGAGGGGCACUCUACACCUUUGUGGGGCCAGUGCUGGCCAUAGUGGGUAUGAAUGGGCUGGUACUAGCCAUGGCUGUGCUGAAGUUGCUGAGACCUUCACUGUCAGAAGGGCCACAGGUAGAGAAGCGCCAAGCCCUUCUGGGGGUGAUCAAAGCCCUGCUCAUCCUCACACCCAUAUUUGGCCUCACCUGGGGACUGGGCCUGGCCACUCUGCUAGAAGAAAGCUCCCUGGCCCCUCAGUACGUCUUCACCGUCCUCAAUACCUCCCAGGGUGUCUUCAUCUUACUUUUCGGAUGCCUCAUGGAUAAGAAGGUACAAGAGGCAUUACGCAAACGCUUCUGUUGCACCCAGCCCCCCAACUCCACCAUCUCUCAGGUGAGUUGCUAG